CUGUUUGAUCAAAUGUAGAUACUGUUAGUUUGUUGCUUGUAUUAACAACAUAUUAUACGGUACAUGAGAACAUAUUUAUUUGAAGUUGUGGAACAUUUUAGCUUACAGCAUGUGAAACAGAUGACAGCACAGGUGCAACUAUUGCAUAAUGCCUCUCAGGUCACAAGACACCCCAGUACAGGGAACUAACACUAGAUGGCACUGUUUAUCUAAUGCUUUUUUUCUGAAGGCCCACAGUAGUUCAUGCAAAGAAUCUUAUUGUUAAAAUUGUAAAACUGUUUAAAUUAUUUAAUAAGAGUUAUAGAGCUAUAGAUUUGUUUAGUUUUUGUACCUAUAUUAAUAAACAAAACAGUUUAUUAAUGCUUAUGCAACUUCAUACGCCUACAAUGCAACCUAAGUGCAGAACACUAAAUUACCAAAACUUUGUUCAAACAAUAACCCAAUCACUCUGCGCUGUCUAAUUUAUAUCUGCGCAUGUUUGGCUUCAAAACUUUCAGCUGUUAUGUCUCCUCAUUCUGAGCCUUCAUCAUCCCAGUGCUGUAGUAACACAAUGCUGGCUUUUGAAGGGAUUAGUUUAAAAACGGGGGUCAAGUACACAGCAAACUCUUAGAAUAGCUUUUGGACCAAGUGGUGUUGUUUACAGCCUCAGUAAACAUACACAAGUGAAGCAUGGAGCAAUUCAGACAUGCUAUGCAGACAGUGAAGAAACUUGUGUUAUGGAAAAACAGAGGGGGUGAGGGCAUACCACGAGGAGGUGUUAGCGGUACUAGCUCUAGUUCUGACAGAGAAGAGAGAUUUCUAUUUUUAGGGAGACUGGAAUGUACACUGAGGCCUCUCGGAGGAUUUCUGAACAACAAAUAACAUACCACGGUCGCCCCAGUCUCUAUAAACAUCCACCUGCCAAACUCAGAAAGUGAACAACUUUCAGAAGUGUUUUUGAAAACAGAGGGACAAGUUUGAGCUCUGCUUGAGUUUUGAUGAUACAUAGAUAUUUACAGGACUAUCUAGAAUGUGCUUUAAAUCAGCUGAGACAAGCUUAGAUGGUCCAAUAUCAGAAGUCCUGCAUUUUAAAGACAAAGACCUGAUCUCCAGCCUCCUUCUGGAGCUGAACGCCUUGAGGAAGGACCAAAUUCUCACUGAUGUUGUUCUUUACUCUGAGGGCAAAGAGAUCCCAUGUCACCGCAAUGUUCUGGUGUCCAGCAGCCCCUACUUCUACGCUAUGUUCUGCAGCUGCUUCCUGGAGACCCAGAAGCCCCGGAUAGACCUCAAAGGUGUUCCUUAUGACAUUCUUAUGGGUAUAGUAGAGUAUGUUUACACAGGGUCCAUCAGCAUCACCAUGGAGCAGGUUCUCCCUCUGAUGCAAGCCGCAUCUAUGCUUCAGUAUGGAAGACUUUUUGAGGCCUGCUCGACCUUCCUGCAGACCCAGCUCAGUCCGGACAACUGCCUGAGCAUGAUCCGGCUCUCUGAAAUCCUGCAUUGCUCUAGCUUGCAGGAAAAAGCGAGAGAACUGGCUGUCAAGAGCUUCUCCGAUGUGGUGGUCUCCGAGGACUUCUGCGAACUCUCUCUACCCGAAUUAGUGAGCUACUUGGAGGACGACAAACUGUGUGUUGAGGAGGAACAAGUAUUUGAGACUCUUCUAGCUUGGAUCCACCACGACCCAUUCUCCAGACGUGGCACUAUCCACGACUUGUUCCGUCGUGUGAGGCUGAGACACGUCCAUCCUUCAUAUCUUUUCCAGUUUAUUGCCAAUGACCCUCUAGUCCAGUCGUCUUCAUUAUGCACAGAAAUUAUUGAAUCCGUUCGUCGUCUUCUUUUUUCUGUUGGCACUCAUUGCCCUGGUGAUCUUGAGUCCCUUUGGGCAGUGCCACGACGGCAAAACUGCAAGGAGGCGCUUGUAGUAGUGGGAGGUCGUAAGAACGGUGAGCGGACAUCUCGUGAGGCGCUUCUUUACGACGAGCAGACUCGCUGCUGGCAGUGUCUCGCAAAAAUCCCGCUGCGCCUUUACCGGCCCUCUUAUGUCUGCAUGCACAGCAUCCUUUAUGUGCUCGGGGGCUUAACCAUGAGAGCAGAAGGGCAGUGCACAGCUAGCAACAACGUGUACACGCUUUCUCUGAAAACAAACCAGUGGAGAACUGGAGAACCAAUGCUGACGCCUCGAUACGCCCAUCAGAGCUCCACCUACCUGCAUUUCAUUUUCGUUCUGGGUGGAUUGACGGCUGACGGACAGCUGUCCAAUGAGGUAGAGCGAUACGACACCAUGUUCAACCAAUGGGAGGUCAUGGCCCCCAUGCCCACUGCAGUUUUGCACCCAGCUGUAGCCGCACAUGACCAGAGAAUAUACAUCUUCGGAGGGGAAGACGCCAUGCAGAAACCAGUUCGAAUGAUCCAGGUGUACCACAUAGGAAGGAAUCUUUGGUAUAGGAUGGAAAACAGGACGGUGAAGAACGUCUGUGCACCAGCUGCAGUGAUCAAUGAUAAAAUCUACAUUGUAGGCGGCUAUACAAGAAGGAUGGUAGCCUAUGAUGUGAAAACCAACAGGUUUGAAAAAUGUGAAAAUAUGAAGGCCAGGAAGAUGCAUCACUCUGCUGCUGUUGUGAAUGACAAGAUCUAUGUCACGGGGGGCCGCUUCAUUAACGGUCACGAGAGUGUGGAGGACUCGGACGACUUUGACUGCUAUGACCCAAAGACAGACUCAUGGGUGUCGAUGGGAACUUUGCCAUUCAAGCUAUUUGACCAUGGCUCAGUAAAUCUGGUCUAUCUCUCUGAUAAGUUUUUGCCUACGUGAAUGUAUUAAUGUGAUAGUGUAGUUUAUUCACAUCAUACAGGCUUAAAUAUGUCUCUCCAACCAAAAUGGAGAGCAUAUUAAGAUAGCAAAGCAAUGAGAGACACACAUUUUUCGAAGCUCUUUGUCAGUGUUUGCACACGUUGCUUUUUGAAUGUGUGUGAGGUUAUUAGUUAAAUAACUAUUAAAAGUUAUUAAAAUAGUUGAAAUUGCCAAAUAGCUGGCCGAUAUUUAAAAUUAAGCUUGGACUAUGUAGCAAAUGCAAGUGUGGUACUUUUUCAGCUUGAUUUUUAAGUGUCUUUUAGAUCACCUUGUUUAAUGAACAAUUAAAUAAUAUUAGUGUUUACUACAGAAUACACAUUACCUUUGAAAUUCUGUACUGUAUUACUUUGCACUUGACACUGAAUAGUUGCACAUUGUUUACGUGUACUUUUAUUUAAACACAUUCCUGCAUUUUGUAAAUUGAUUAUUUAUUCAUGUUUUUUAACAUCCACUUCUUUUGUGUGUUAUUUGUAAGAUGGCUUAUCUGACUGUAUAGUAUUUAAAGGGAUAGUUCACCCAAAAAAAUAAAUCCUGUCAUCAUUUGCUCAGCCUCAUGUUGUUCUAAACCUGUAUGACUUUCUCUCUUGUGCAGAACAUUAAAAAAAAACUAUAAAAGAAAAA